AUUCCAAGCUCAACAAGGACCUAAAUAGGGUCCACCAAAGGAAAGAAGUCUGGACAGAAAGAACACUUCAGGAUGGAAGUGGGCUGACACUUUACUGUGGAGUUUCUCUGCAAACUUCCUUUGCUGUUCUCCUGGUUGAGUUUGGUAAGCCUAAGAAAAGACUUGGAGAAAGACCCUCCAUGAAGAUACUGGCUACACUAAUGAGUUUCUUCCAGCUUUUUUCUACUCACUUUCCCUAUCUAACUUCACACUGGGGGCUGGCAUAAGGAUCCCAGUGGCCCACCUGGGAAGGACUCUAGAGGCCCCUUUCCCCCUUGCCCCUCUCCCCCAUACCCCCAGGCAUAUCCUCCCAGGGCAUGGAAGCUAAGAAGCAGACCAAAACCACAGUGGGCUAGUGAGGCGUACCUGCUGAUAAACCCUUUGGACAGCAUUCUGCCCCACCCUGCAGGAAGAAGCAGAAGGAGGGAGGGGUAAGGCAGAGAAAAAAUAAUCCUGACCAGGGAGGUCCAAGGGAGUAGGCGGAGACAGAGAGGCUGUAUUUCAGUGCAGUCUGCCAGACCUCUUCAAGAGGAGGACUGGACAAAGGGGGAUCACACAUUCCUUCCAUACAGUUGAGCCUCUACCCUCCCGGUACUGGUCACGCUUCAGCUUCUCCAUGAUGGUGGGUCCCAGUGGUAAUGAAUCCAGUGCUACAUACUUCAUCCUAAUAGGCCUCCCUGGUUUGGAAGAGGCUCAGUUCUGGUUGGCCUUCCCAUUGUGCUCCCUCUACCUUAUUGCCGUGCUAGGUAACUUGAUGAUCAUCUACGUUGUGCGGACCGAGCACAGCCUGCAUGAGCCCAUGUAUAUAUUUCUUUGCAUGCUUUCAGGCAUUGACAUCCUAAUCUCUACCUCAUCCAUGCCCAAAAUGUUGGCCAUCUUCUGGUUCAAUUCCACCACCAUCCAAUUUGAUGCUUGUCUGCUACAGAUGUUCGCCAUCCACUCCUUAUCUGGCAUGGAAUCCACAGUGCUGCUGGCCAUGGCCUUUGACCGCUAUGUGGCCAUCUGCCACCCGCUGCGCCAUGCCACAGUGCUUACGUUGCCUCGGGUCACCAAAAUUGGUGUGGCUGCUGUGGUACGGGGGGCUGCACUGAUGGCACCCCUUCCUGUCUUCAUCAAGCAGCUGCCCUUCUGCCACUCCAAUAUCCUUUCCCAUUCCUACUGCCUACACCAAGAUGUCAUGAAGCUGGCCUGUGCUGAUAUCCAGGUCAAUGUCAUCUAUGGCCUUAUUGUCAUCAUCUCUGCCAUAGGCCUGGACUCACUUCUCAUCUCCUUCUCAUAUCUGCUUAUCCUUAAGACUGUGUUGGGCUUGACACGUGAAGCCCAGGCCAAGGCAUUUGGUACUUGUGUCUCCCAUGUGUGUGCUGUGUUCAUAUUCUAUGUACCUUUCAUUGGAUUGUCUAUGGUACACCGCUUUAGUAAGCGGCGUGACUCUCUCCUGCCCAUCAUCAUGGCCAAUAUCUAUCUGCUGGUUCCUCCUGUGCUCAACCCAAUUGUCUAUGGAGUGAAGACGAAGGAGAUCCGACAGCGCAUCCUUCGACUUUUCCACGUGGCCACACACACUUCAGACCCUUAGGUGUCAGCGAUCAAACUUCUUUUCCAUUCAGAGUCCUCUGAUUCAGAUUUUAAUAUUGACAUUUUGGACGACAGUAUUCAGAAAAAAUAUUUUCCUUGAUAAAAAUACAACUCAGAUCCUUCAGAUCUGAAACUAUGAAACUAGUUGGGGAAUCUCCAUUUUUCAAUAUUAUUAUUUUUCUUUUUUUCUCUCUAUACAGUUAUUAAUACCCUGGCUUGGUUGUGGUUGGAGGGUUAUUGCUUUCCAUUUUACCAUGCAGUCCAAAUCUAAACUGUUUCUACUGAUGGUCCACAGCAUUCUGAGACAAGAGCAGUACAUCUAAAGAACAUUUGCCUAAGGCUUAAACAUGGCAAAAGGAAAAUAAACACAAGAAUAUAAUAAAAUGAGAUAAUCUGACUUAAAACUGUAACUUCCUCUUCAGAACUCCCAACCACACUAGCUCUCAG